AUGUUCCGCCGCCUCGAGAAGCUGGGCAUCAACAAGACCGACCCCUCGGACUUGACCCCGGAGGAGGUGUCCAAGUUCGUCCGCCUCGACAUCGAUCCGGCCACCAUCACCUGGCAGCGCGUCCUGGACACCAACGACCGCUUCCUCCGCCGCGUGAAGGUCGGCUGCGGCUCGGCCGAGAGCGCCUUCGAGCGUGAGACCGGCUUCGACAUCGCCGUCGCCUCGGAGAUCAUGGCCAUCCUGGCCCUCUCCAAUGACCUGGCCGACAUGCGCCUCCGCCUUGGCCGCAUGGUUGUGGCCUCCUCGCGCGCCGGGGAGCCGGUCACCGCCGACGACCUCGGUGUCACCGGUGCCCUGGUCACCCUGAUGCGCGAUGCCAUCGAGCCGAACCUGAUGCAGACCCUGCAGGGCACCCCGGUGUUUGUGCAUGCCGGUCCCUUCGCCAACAUUGCCCACGGCAACUCCUCCAUCGUUGCCGAUCGCAUCGCCCUGCGCCUGGCCGGCAAGGAGGGCUUCGUGGUCACUGAGGCCGGCUUCGGCGCCGACAUUGGCAUGGAGAAGUUCUUCAACAUCAAGUGCCGCACCUCCGGGCUGACCCCCAACUGCGUGGUCCUGGUGGCCACUGUCCGUGCGCUGAAGAUGCAUGGCGGCGGGCCGGACGUCGUGCCGGGCCGCCCGCUCCCGGACGCCUACCUCACCGAGGAUCUGGACCUCGUGGAGAAGGGCUGCGCCAACCUGGUGGCGCAUGUGGCCAAUGCUCGCAAGUUCGGUGUCCCGGUGGUUGUUGCGAUCAACUCCUUCAGCUCCGACACCGAGGCCGAGCACAACCUGAUCCGCCGGCUGGCCGUGGCCAACGGCGCGGCCGAUGCGGUUGUCGCCUCGCACUGGGCCCACGGUGGCAAGGGCGCCCUGGCUCUGGCCCGCGCGGUCGAGGCCGCCUGCCAGGCGCACAACCCGGAGGACUUCCGCCUGCUUUACGACCUUGACCUGUCCAUCGAGGAGAAGAUGCGCAUUGUUUGCACCCAGAUGUAUGGCGCCGCCGACAUCGAGAUCCUGCCGCAGGCGGCCGAGAAGAUCGCCCGCUUCGAGCGCCAGGGCUUCGGUAGCCUGCCCGUCUGCAUGGCCAAGACCCACCUGUCUCUGUCGCACGACCCGACCCUGCGCGGCGUGCCCACCGGCUUCACCGUGCCCAUCCGCGACGUCCGCGCCAGUGUCGGCGCCGGGUUCCUUUACCCCCUGCUGGGUGCUAUGCCCACCAUCCCCGGCCUGCCGACCCGCCCGUGCUACUACGACAUUGAUGUCGACCCGGAGACCGGCGAGAUCAGCGGCCUCUUCUGA